AUGGCUACUCCCACAGUGUCGACUCCGGUCAAAACCCACCAUGGAAUCUUCUCUUCAAAGACCGCUGGAGGUCGCAUGCCCCUCACACCUUCUCCCCGUAUGCGAGCGGGAAGCAUGACAUCGAACCACUCUUCACCAUUCACUCCUCCUCGUCAGCAGGAAGGCGCCAAGGACCAUGGAAAGUCUGUCUACGGGGGUAAUUUGUCCUCUUACUUUGCCAAGUCUAUGUCUAGGGCAACCCGGAACUACCGCGAAUCCCCAAAGUCUAACAUUGCCCGGAUUCGUAAGUCACCUAAGCACCUAGAAAUGGGUGUCUCGGAGUGGGCUUUGGCAGGUACUGGUCCCUCGUCAUCACAAUCUCCAACGUCCAAGGAGCGAGUACGGAAAGAGGUCCCGACACGUACGACAAGAUCUGGGAAGACCACCGUUCGCAUUGCACACAAUGCUGGUGACAGAUUCAUUCCCAACCGGACCGCCAGUGAGGGACUGGCAACUGCUGGAACUGCAAAGCCCGAGGAGAGCCAACGAUCCAAGACUAGUGGCAAUGAGGGCUCUACCGUUCUUGCGAGUGCCGCGAGCGCCUUUGACAUUGGUGGUCGAGGAACGGAAGACGAUAUCACCGCAGCUCUUGAGAACCUCGGCCUCGAGGAUAGCGAGACUUCCUCAACGUCAUCUUCUUCUUCGUAUACCAGACCCGCACCAGAUGCUGUAGCCUACGAAUCGUCAUUGGCUGAUGCUUGCGGUGUAAAUCUGAACACUCGAAUUCUUGCGUUCAAGCCCCCGCCUCCGGAAUCGUCCAAACCCAUUGAUUUGCGUGCCCAGUACAAUCGUCCUCUUAGGCCUGCUAAGUCUAAGUCGGCACAGUUCCGCAGAAGGGUUCAAACUGCCCCCGAGCGUGUUUUGGAUGCACCUGGACUUCUGGAUGACUACUAUCUUAACCUCCUGGAUUGGAGUUCUGGCAAUCAAGUUGCCAUCGGCCUUGAGCGUAAUGUUUACGUGUGGUCGGCAGAUACAGGGACCGUUAGCUGCCUACUGGAGACGUCUCCAGAUACGUAUAUUAGCAGUGUCAAGUGGAGCGGCGAUGGAGCCUAUGUUGGUGUGGGCUUGGGCACCGGCGAGGUUCAGAUCUGGGAUGUCGAAGAGGGUACUAAGCUGCGAAGUAUGUUUGGCCAUGACUCUCGUGUUGGUGUCAUGGGCUGGUCUAAGCACACCUUGUCUACCGGUGCUCGUAGUGGUCUUGUGUUCAACCACGAUGUCCGCAUUGCUCAGCACAAGGUAGCCGAGCUUGUAUCUCACACCUCCGAAGUCUGUGGCCUCGAGUGGAGGCCCGAUGGUGCUCAGCUGGCUACCGGCGGCAAUGACAACUUGGUGAACAUCUGGGAUGCUCGGUCUCUCAGUGCACCCAAGUUCACCAAGACCAACCACCGUGCUGCCGUUAAAGCUCUCAGCUGGUGUCCCUGGCAACUGAACUUGCUUGCCACUGGUGGUGGAUCAUACGAUCGCCAUAUUCAUUUCUGGAACACCACGACGGGUGCGCGUACCAACAGCAUCGAUACCGGUUCCCAGGUCACCAGCCUGCGAUGGAGCAAUCACUACCGGGAGAUUGUUAGCUCCAGUGGUUUUCCCGAUAACUCUCUGAGCAUCUGGAGUUACCCCACUCUGGUCCGCAACAUUGAGAUCCCGGCGCACGAGACUCGUGUUCUGCACAGCUGUCUGAGUCCCGACGGUCAGCUUCUGGCCACCGCGGCAGCGGAUGAGAGCUUGAAAUUCUGGAAGGUCUUUGAACGCAAGCCAGGAAGUAGUGCAUCGGCUUCUCGUGAGGGUGGAGUGGGAAGCAAGGCUCAAAUGACUAAAUCCAUGACUAUCCGCUAA